GUUCUACAGCAGUCGUCGUACUAAAUAGACAUUCAGUAUUAAUCGUGCAACGCAAGCAAGUAGACGGAAUAUUUUGACUUCGUUUAGUAUUCAGAAGUGCAGUUGAUUUAGUAAACCAAAUAUGGAUUUGAAAGGUAAAAAUGUGAUUUAUGAAGGUGGCUUUGGAGGCAUUGGACAGCGUUGUUUGAGGGAAUUUCUCGCCAAAGGUGUAAAGAACCUAGUAAUUUUCGAUUUGCAAGAAAAUGCAGACAUUUUGCAAGAUUUAAGGACCUCGUAUCCCGAGGCGAAUAUCUUUUUCUUUGCCUUCGACAUCACUGAUAAGAAUAGCAUUACAGCGGCCUUCGAGAAAGCGGUUGAGAAAAUCGGACACUUUGAUGUGCUGGUCAAUGGUUGUGGUUUGAUGGAUGAUACCAAAGUGGAGCUGAUGAUUGAAAUUAAUUUGAUGGGUUUAAUUCAUAGUACUUUGACGGCUCUGCCAUAUAUGAAUAAAUCCAAUGGUGGACGCGGUGGCCUUAUCAUCAAUAUAUCUUCCGUGGCCGGCUUGGAGCCAACGGCUGUCGUAGCUGUUUAUUCGGCGGCAAAACACGGUGUCACAGCAUUCACACGAGCCAUGGCGAAUCCCCACUACUACAAGCAUUUCGGCGUGAGCUUUAUCACCAUUUGUCCAGGCAUUACAGAAACUAACCUUGUGGCGAACAUUCACGACAAGGUAAUAUUUAAAUUUGCUGAAGUUUUAGGCGCACGUUUGGAUACAGCCGAGCGCCAAAGUCCCGAAGUUUGCGCACAGAACUUGGUGAAACUUGCGGAGACUGGCAAAAAUGGUGGUGUCUAUAUGCUGGAUUUGGGCGAAAUUAAGGAAAUAACAUUCCCCACCAUGUGGACGCCGGUUUUCAACUCUUAAAAUUGGUAUUGGAAUUAACUGUUAAUUUUAAAUCCCGAAUUAAUUAAUGUUUGUAGAUUGUUCUAUUGACUUCUAGUUUAUAUGUACACAUGUUACCAACUCUUUAGAGUUAUAAUUUUUUAGACAUCUGGUUUGCAAGAAGAAAUAAAAUGCACAUGAUUAAAUCUUAUGAACAAGAA